CUCUGAUCGUAUUUAUGUUCAGCUCAGCCUUUAACGCAACCCAGAACCAAGCAGAAACGCAAUUUCUUUCUGUUAUUUCCCUCCAGUCGUGUCUUUUUCUGCUCAAGUUGAAACCUUCUCAAGUCGUGCGGAAGCGUCUUCGCGUCAAUUCGCGCCGUUUCGGGCGAAGUUGCUUCUAAUUCGCUCUGCGCUCUGUCUCAACACUCGAGAGCUUCCGUACAUUCACGUGGUUUCACGACUUUUCCGGCCAGCUGAUUGGCUCCUACAGCUGAGGCAGUGUUUUCAAUCUUCGGGCAUACAGGGAAGUGACAGUCAGACGUGGAUGUGACCUCGAUUCAUAGCUGUAAUUUAGAUAUUAGACAGUAAACCAGCCAUGUUUAUCUUUCUUCUAACGCUAUACGCAGCCUGACGGACUUCCUCGUUUACUUUCUGACAACUGAGUUCAAAAAAUGGCCAAAAGACAGUCGCAUUGUUCGCUCAUCAUCGCUGCUUUGAUCAUAAGCUUUUCUUCCGUCGUAGCGGCUCGGCAGCCUCACGUCGUCUUCAUCCUGGCAGACGACUUCGGCUGGUAUGAUGUCGGAUAUCACGGCUCCGAGAUCAAGACACCAAACCUGGACAAACUGUCUGCCACAGGAGUCCGGCUGGAGAACUACUAUGUGCAGCCUCUGUGCACCCCCUCCAGGAACCAGCUCAUGACCGGAAGGUACCAGAUCCACACAGGCAUGCAGCACCAGAUCAUCUGGCCCUGUCAGCCGUACUGCGUGCCUCUGGAUGAGAAAAUGCUGCCUCAGCUGAUGAAGGAGGCGGGCUACGCCACGCACAUGGUGGGCAAGUGGCACCUUGGCAUGUACAAGAAGGACUGCCUGCCCACACGCCGCGGCUUUGACUCGUUCUUUGGUUACCUGACAGGCAGCGAGGAUUAUUACUCUCAUUUCCGCUGUUCUCCCAUCCACGCUCUGAACCUGACUCGCUGUGCGUUGGACCUCAGGGAAGGAGAAGAGGUUGCCUCCGGAUACAAAGGAGACUAUUCCACUGAGCUGCUCAGCCAGAGAGCCAUCAGCAUCAUCGCCAAACACAACCCCAACAAGCCACUCUUCCUCUACACGGCGCUGCAAGCAGUCCAUUCACCCCUGCAGGUGCCGGACCGCUACGUGGCCCCCUACAGUUUCAUCAAAGACCCUCACCGCAGGCUGUACGCCGGCAUGGUGUCGGCCAUGGACGAGGCGGUGGGCAACAUCACCCUGGCUUUGCAGCAGGCAGGACUUUGGGACAACACGGUCCUGGUGUUCUCAACAGAUAACGGAGGUCAGACGCUGACCGGUGGCAGCAACUGGCCACUGCGAGGGAGGAAGUGGUCGCUGUGGGAAGGAGGUGUCCGUGGAGUCGCGUUUGUCACCAGCCCGCUACUGAAGCAACCCGGAACCAUCAGCCACGAACUCAUCCACAUCUCCGACUGGCUGCCGACACUUGUUGGCCUGGCAGGAGGGAGCACGAACGCCACAAAGCCGCUGGACGGGUUCAACGUGUGGAGCACAAUCAGCAAAGGGUUCGCCUCACCCAGACUGGAGCUGCUACACAACAUUGACCCGCUGUAUAUUGACAUCGCUCCAUGUCCUGGCACCAAGCGUCAGUUAACUUUGGCUCAGGUGGUCAGUGGAGACUCCAGGGCCAACUCUGGCUUCAAUGUGUCCAUUCACGCGGCCAUUCGAUCCUCAAACUGGAAGCUGCUGACUGGCUACCCGGGUUGCGACGUUUGGUUCCCCCAGCCGGGCCACAACGGCUCCGUCAAGGUGGAUCCGCUGAAGCCCAUAAUGCUGUUUGACAUAGAGAAGGAUCCAGAGGAGAGGAAUGAAGUAUCAGCUCAGUUCCCCGCAGUCGUGGACUAUCUCCUCACUAGGCUCCAACACUACCAGAAAAGCGCGUCGCCGAUAAUCUUCCCCGACGAUGACCCCAGAUGUGACCCAGGCCCCACUGGAGCCUGGGGACCCUGGGCUUGAAUGGAGAUGAUGAACAUUAUGAUGGGUUUUAGCACUUUGUGUACUGUGAUUUACAACAGAUUCUUGCAGCUUAGCACAGCAAGAAUCUCUCAUGUGGAGAAAAAAUCAAGUUUUAGAGACAUUUUUAAAAAAAAAUCUAUGAUGUAUGAUUGUGUAUGAUUGAUGUAUGAGUGUAUUUUAAGAUAAAUUAUGUCUAUCUGAAAGACAUCUGUUACCAUCACAUAACAAUUUCAAACAUUCUUAAUUCGAUCAUACUGAUUUUCAAAAGAAAAUAUCUCAGCAGCCAAUGGAGAAACAACAUUUAUUGACAGACAGGCGCUGCUGUUAUUAUUGAUCUGUGUCUCAGCUCUUAAAUACUUCCAGUGGUUUAGUAGGGGGAUUGCGUAAACUCUGUUAGCUACACAUGUUGCUGAUUUGUAAAGACUAUCUCCCUGCUGUUUGAGGUAUUUGCACUUCAUUUAUCUACCGUUGAGAAGCCGCAGACCCCAUGUAUGUGUCAAAACACAAAGCCGCACAGAAAUAGCAGGUUGUAUUUAACCUGGGAGAAAUAUUUCACCAAGCAAACAAUGUUUUUGGUCUUUAAAGCAACACUUAAUAUGUGUGAGAAGGAGUAGAUGCACAUAAUAUUAGCCAGACUUCAGAAUUGAAUUUACUGAUCUAUAUUUUUAUAUUGACAAUGGAUGAAAUGUAUAAAAUGGGAAAGGUAUUGCUUGUUGGAUUCUGCUGUGUCCUUCAGCUUUACAGCGUUUAAGCGUCUUUCAGCUUAUUGUUUUGGUUUUAGGGCCUCAAAGUUUUACUAUUUUGGUCCAUCAGCGUUGUUUCCAGUUGCAUCAGGCAGCUGUUUGUAAUUGAUGUCUUUUUAACUGUACCCUUCUUGCUCAGCACCAAAGAGCAAACAGACAAAGUUUAGCGACCAGCUGGUGAACAUAUUGGAGCAUUUAGCGGCUAAAGAGCCACAUAUUUGUCUCAGGAGUUAGUGGAGACCAAAACAGAGCCACAGUGAGAGUAAAUAUUGGACUUACAUUCACCAUGUGGACACAAA